CAGGCAGUUCUUAGGGCGGCUGCCGAACGCGUUUUCCGGCAACGCUAAGCAAUUUUGGGCCUUGCUUCCCAUCCGUAGGCAGAGCUAGGUGGGAGGGUCUGCUAUGGCAGCCAAGGUGGUGAAGCUGGUUUCUGUCCCGGCAGCCCUGGGAUUAGCGUCCGUUCGUGUCUAUGCCUUAAGUGAAGAGAAGACUGAGGAACUGCUCACUCGGGAAGAGCUGUCCAUAUACGCACCCCCCGCCCGGCAGCUCCGUUAUGUUGAGGAGCAGCCAGGCCUCCUGCAGAGGGGCUUCGGUCUGGUGCGGGUGGGACUGCAGCCGUACGUCCGGGCUGUUAAGGGAGCCUGCACAGCUGUCAAGGUCGGGGUUGUGAGUGUUUAUCAGGCAGGACGGGGUACCUAUAACUUUCUCAGAGACCCACCACCUGGCUUCCUUCCAAGGGUUGGCGUCAUCUCAGUGUCAGGAUUGGCUGGUCUGAUUCUGGCAAGAAAAGGGCCGCGCCUGAAAAGGAUAGGAGUGCCUCUGGGUUUGGCGACCGUGGGGACAGCCGUGUGCUACCCUACACAGACGGUGGGGCUGCUGAAGGUGACAGGAAAGAAGACGUACGCAGCCACAAAGUGGACCAGUUCAAGUGUCGCCUCCCUAUGGAGACCCAGCCCAGCCAAAGAUGCCAUUGCCCCCUCAAGCACUCCUGAGGCAGUAUCAGCCCCAGUCCCUGAACCUGAGGUGUCGUCUGCAAAGCCUCUUCCUGAGGUGGAGCUGACCGAUCCAGCCCUGCCCCCUGUAGAUGAGCCCUUAUCUCUGCCUCCCUCAGAAGAAACUCCUCCGCUCCCUGCUGCAGAAGCUGAGGCUGCUGUUAUCCCUGCUGCCCCAGCGCCUGCAGAGGACCUGUCCCCUGCAGAAGAGCCUGUUCUUCCUCCUGCCCCUAAACCUGAACUGGCCACCGUUGUAGAGUCUGCACCCACAUCUCCACCUGAGGCAGUGUCCACAGAGGAGUCUGUUCCGCCGCCUGCCUCUGAACCUGCCCCUGAACCUGUCGCUGAACCUACCCCUGAACCUGCCCCUGAAACUGUCGCCGAACCUGCCCCUGAACCUGCCCCUGAACCUGCACCUGAGCCAGUCACUGAGCCUGCCCCUGAGCCUGCCCCUGAGCCUGCCCCUGAACCUACCCCUGAACCUGCCCCUGAAUCUGUCGCCGAACCUGCCCCUGAGCCUGCCACUGAACCUGCCCCUGAGCCUGCCCCUGAACCUGCCCCUGAACCUGCCCCUGAAUCUGCCCCUGAAUCUGCCACUGAACCUGCCCCUGAACCUGCACCUGAGCCAGUAACUGAACCUGCCCCUGCCCCUGAACCUGCCCCUGAAUCUGUCGCCGAACCUGCCCCUGAAGCUGCCCCUGAGCCUGUUGCUGAACCUGCCCCUGAACCUGCCCCUGAACCAGUCACUGAACCUGCACCUGAGCCAGUCACUGAACCUGCCCCUGAACCUGUCACCGAACCUGCCCCUGAACCUGUCACCGAACCUGCCCCUGAACCUGUCACCGAACCUGCCCCUGAACAUGCACCUGAGCCAGUAACUGAACCUGCCCCUGCCCCUGAACCUGUCGCCGAACCUGCGCCUGAGCCAGUCACUGAACUUGCCCCUGAACCUGUCCCUGAACCGACACCUGAGCCAGUCACUGAACCUGCCCCUGCCCCUGAACCUGAGCCAGUCACUGAACCUGCUCCUGCCCCUGAAUCUGUCACUGAACCUGUCCCUGAUUCUGCACCUGAGCCACUCACUGAACCUGCACCUGCCCCUGAACCUGUCACCGAACCUGCCACCGAGCCAGUCACUGAACCUACCCAUGAACCUGUAACAGAACCUGCCCCUGCCCCUGAAUCUGUCCCCGAACCUGCCCCUGAUUCUGCACCUGAGCCACUCACUGAACCUGCACCUGCCCCUGAACAUGUCGCCGAACCUGCCCCUGAACCUGCAUCUGAGCCUUUUGCUGAAUCUGCCCCUGAACCUAUUGCUGAAUCUGCCCCUGAACCUACCCCUGAACCUGUCGCCGAACUUGCCCCUGAACCUGCCCCCGAGCCCAUUGCCGAACCUACCCCUGAACCUGCCCAAGAACCUGUCACUGAAUCUGCCCCUCAAAUGGAGACCGUCACAGAGGUGGCACUUGCUCCAGUAGAGGAGCCUGCAUCACCAGAGCCACAGCCUGACGAUGCCCCUCUAACUCCUGGAAACCCCUCCACAGACGCAACAAUUCCUCUACCCCCUGCCCCUGCAGAGGACUUACACCAGCCUGCUCUCUCUGCAGAGGAAACCACACCCUCUCCCCCUGCAGAGGAGGCCACGGCCCCUUCAGCAGAGACGGCCCCUUCAGCAGAGACCACCCCUCCUGCUCCUGCCACCGUAGAGGAGGUGGCACCUCCACCCCUUCCUCUUGCUGGAGAAGCACCCCUGCAGUCCCCUGAGGAUCCUUCCCUCUUGCCUGCCGAUUCCACCUCCCUGGAGCCAGUCACGGGCAUCUCGAGGAAGCUUGGCUUCACCCCUGACCCUACACUGAUGGACCAUGGACAGGCCAGCCCUGAAGACGCUGACCUUUACAGCACCCGUGGCUGAACGCUUAGAGGAAUGAGUAGAAGGAAGGGAGAUGGGCCCACCCCACCAUUUAUAUCCCAUGGCAGUACAUUAUUUCUUAUGCUGCACCUGCGUUACGCUGCUUUUAUUGUUUCCUUUAGUUACUGUGAAUACCUGUGUGCACACAUUUACUCUUUCCUACCUUGUCUGUUAGUCUGGAGGAGCCGAGCGCUCGCCACCAUGUUUAAAGGGAUCAAGCAUAUGGGCCAUUAUUCCAAGCAUUAUUCCACCAUUUUGGUGCCACCUCAGACAGUACAUUUCGUUUGGAGCACAUUACCCAUUUAAUCUGCAUGCUGGCCGCAAUGGUAAUUUUCUACUGUUUUCUACUGGGAACUCAGCUAGACAUUUUUACAUAGUCUUUGCUGGAAACCAUUGCCAGUGACAUCCGUUUACAGUUGACACUGGUUAGAUCAGUGUCUUAUAUGUUCUGGAACUCUGGCCAAUGACCUCUCCUUAUUGGUAGCAUCAGCUGGAAAAUCUUUUUGUUACUUUUUAUAAUUGAAACCGUGAUAAAUUUUAUUACACAGACUAGUAGUUUUUGGCGAGUGAGAAUUUCACCGUAAGAACGAGCAAACUAGCCAUGAAUGCACCUUAUUACUGUGAACCUUGACCAACAAAAUGACUUUCUUACAUUGGUAACACUUUACCGUAAGGUCACAUGAAUUGCCAUUAACUAAUGUAAUUGUUAACAUGAAUGAAUGAUUUGCGAAUGCAUUAAUUAAACAUGGAAUCUAUUUCUUAAUUCCUAAUAGAUGUAUUGGUUACAUGAAUAUUUAUACAUUAGCGAACCAUAGGAUGAACAUGCAAUUAGUUAACCAGUUAAUGUAUCUGUUAAUGCUCUUCUCAUUCCAGUAUGAAUCGGCAUGAAAUAAUCUAGUUGUUGGCAUGUAUUUAUGAUGUGCAAAUGCAUAACGCUGAACAGCUUAACAUUUCAGUAGUUAUAUAGUUAACAACUACAUUAUUUCAUGCAAAUUCUUGUAACCUUAUUGUGAAGUGUUACCCUUACAUUUAUUCUUUUUGCAGUUUACAAUUUUUUGUACCUCUUUUUACAAUAUUUAGUAUUUCAUAUUUAAGUGGAACUCGGGGUGUUUUCAUAAGCUCACUGGGAAUCCAGUUUACACUAAUUUCACCAAGGAACAGAAUCCAGAGCUGGUCUCUCUACAGUCUUAAUGCACAUGAUCUGUAAUGUCAGGGUGAACAGUUUGUGAAUCUUUUUGUCGCAGUCAAAAUGGAGACUGAGGGUAGAAUGUGCUCGUCAUUGUACACGCUAGGAAGCUGGUUCUCGUUUUCUAAAGGAUAUCUUCGAGUCAUAUUGCAGUAAUUUUUUAAUACCUGUGUCUCUUCAUCGAAAGUCAUGUAAGAGUUCAUUAUUUCUGAUUCAUAAAUACCUCAUGUAUCCCUUCAUCAAAAGUCAUAUUAGAGUUCAUUAUUUCUUAUUCAUAAGUACCUCAUGUCUAUCUUUUCAUCUAUAGGAAUAUUGCAGUUCAUUAUUCUUCAUAAAUACCUCACGUCUGUAUCUACAGUAGCUGCUAGUAUUAAAGGUAGAGCAUUGCAUGUUCUUCACUGAUACAGCAUUACCUUUCAAUAUUAUGAAUUGGUCACAGAUGGCAUGUUUGAUGUCUUGAAAUUUGUGUGCACCUGUAUAAAGUGGAUAAACAAUUAGGGAAAUUAAAGAUUUGAAAAGAUG